GAGACAGGUAGAAACUUCUCCAUCACAGUGACCCAAGACGUUACAGUAGAGGCUGGACGGUGCAUUCCUAUAUCAUGUAAAUUCACAUACCCAGGCAACAUUACUGAAUACGUACGAAGAGUCUGGUUCAAAGGAGAUCCACUUACACCUGUAUUUGAAAAAGAUGCAGAGGUGUGUGGUGUUGAUUGGCAGAUCCUGAAAGGUCCUGAAAGGUCUUGCAGCUUUUUCCUCGAAGACCUGCAAGAAGGAGAAAGCGAGUAUAGAUUCAAGUUACCAUGGGGAGAUGAUCAAAUGUAUGUUUUUCCUGAGAGGGUACGAGUCUCAGUGUCUGCUCUAACCCAGAAGAAGCCCACUGUGGAGACACCCCCUCUCACAGAGGGAGAGUGGGCCACACUGACCUGCAAAGUAUAUUCACUAAAUGACCUCUGCCUGCAAAGACCAGAAGAAGAUUUUGUUGGAAUAGCCUGGAGAGGGACAAGGAACUUAGGCAUCUUGGGGAUAAUACCUCAAUCAAAAGCAGAGAAUGGAAUCAGUGUGAAAAGGUUAUUUUUCAAACCUAAAUCCGAACAUCACAACAUCAACCUCACAUGUAUCGGCUUCUACAGCAACGUCAACAUUACAGUGGAGAAAACAGUGACUUUAACAGUAAAAUACCGUCCCAAGUUCCUGAAUGGCUCUCUGUGUGUGGUCCAAGCAGAGGUCCUGACAUGUGUUUGUGUCAGUCAGGGGGUUCCCUUACCAGUGAUUGCUUGGCCAAUGUUAGGGGUCUAUAUUAGUUACAGUGUCAUCGUCUCCAGGAGUGACCAAACCGUGAACAGCACCAUCACCAUGUCUGCCUCAGAAUACCAGAACAGCAGCGUGGAGUGUGUCAGCAGGAAUGUAAUUGGCCAGAACGAGAUGGAGUUCCCCAUACUACACCAAGCUGAAGGGAGCCUGACACAUAUCCCUGGGUCAGAGAAGAGGGAUGUUGCAGUCAUUCCCUGGAUAAUCGUUGGCUUGUCCCUUAGCCUUAAUGUGGCCCUCCUUGUCUAUCUGACCAGCGCUUGUAGAUGCAAAAAGGGUGAACAGAAGAGAGCUAAAGAAGAAGAUAGUACCUACAUCUCAUUGGACAAGGCAGACGUGUCUCCCGAAUAUGACAUCAUCUCCCCGAAUCCCCACUGAUCCUCUGCUUGUGAUAAACUUCUACUUUAUUUUAGCGUUUGGUUCAGAGGCUUGUUUUUGAUCUUUUAUUUUAAUUUCAAUUAUUUUCUAUUGCUAUAAUUUUUGUUGUUGUUGCUUGAGCCCUGAAAACAUUUUGAUGUGAAUGAAUUCAACCUCUUCUCUAAAUAAUGUCUCAGGAUUUAUGCACAAAAAAAUAACUAGAAAUAUAACUGUUUUUCUGUAAAAGCACAUAAGGAAGCUACAUGUUUGUGUUAUCUUCCUCAUGUUCAACUAUGUUAAUCAAAAUGGUAUUGUAACGAGUAUGUAGAUAAUCAAGGUACCACAGUAUGGAACGCCGUUUUAGUCUUUGCGUGUCAAAAAAGAUACACAUCAAAUAACACUAUUUGACACAUUAAAUAAGCUUUUAAUUUGAUAUGUCAAAUAACAGUUUAAUUGAAGAAUGGUGUGUUGGACCGCAACUUCUGGGCUAGCUAGCUAGCUUUAGCUUGGUCCCUAGCUAGCACCAAUACAACCAGCCUGAAAACAAUGACCAGU